AUGGCUUUGUUUGGCCCUGCAUCGCCCUCGUGUGACGAGCUAGCUAGCCUUGACACAGGCGACUACAGGCCGCAGCAUGCCAAGACGAAUAGCGACCAGGCUGGUGUCAUUCCUUUCGUAACCAAGGCAAGCAGCCAAACCAUAUGUAGAUGCUCGGACUCGGGGCACAGCAACCGCCGCGAGCUAAGCCCGCCGCACGACACGCUGCUGUAGAGCGGCAAGACGAGCUUCUACACGGCGCGCGUGGAGAAGAGAGAGCGACAUUCCGGCAGAGUUGUUGCUUAGGCGGAUACCGCCAUGAGUGGGCUUGGUACCGUCAUAUUCUCGAAGGUUCUUGGGCCGGCCAACCACGGCAUUCCCGCGUCAGAGGACGAGGCCAUGCAGAGCGUGACCUUCGAUCAGGUCCACCGAUGCAAGCGCACCACCCCAUAGCUCAGGUGCUCGAGCAGUACGUCCUCACGGAUAUCAAGACGAAGAUGGGCACUCCAGGCUACACUUCGGCAACAUGAGCGACCCCGACCACGACGGUGUUGCCGUACCUUCCCCGUCUGCGAGGCUUUUUCCGAAAAGCCGUUUGCUGCGAAGGGCGGCGGCGGUAAAAACACUUGAAGGCCAUCAGCGACAUGUACGUUGCUGUUGUUUCGAUAUGUGAACCAGGCUCUGUGGCGCUGAGGGUUUUUG